AUGGGUAAUAAAUCAUUGAAAUCUUCGAAGAAACAGUCACCCUCGCUAUUGAUCACUCGUAUGGAUGAUGCCGUCGGCACAAAGUCGACUUCAAUGGCUCAGUAUCCAAUAUCAACAGGCGCAGCGUCACUUUCAUGUCUGACUGCUGAAUACUAUCAAAUACAUAACCAAGAAGCGCUGGAUACUUGGCGAACAAGAGCAUUGCAUACGAUCGAUGAUCUGUACGAACAAAAGGCAACAUUUCUUCGACACGAAGCACAUGUUAGUGCGCUUCUAGGACAACUGAGAGCAAUAAUUGAUGAAGAAUCGGCUCCUCGGCAUGACAGUGGAUACUUCAUUGAUGAUCGACAUAUGGAUGCCAAAAUUGAAUCUACACCUACUUUCCAAUUGAGUAUCAUUGUUGAUCCCGCUGCAUCAUCAUUGAAUUAUAAAGCACUGUAUAGUCACUUAUCAGUUCAACUUCCUGACAAUUGUAACCAUCAUUACUGGCAUUUUGGUGGCCUACGUUCGUAUACAAUUCCAUUCUAUUCAAAAGAUAAUGAUGAAGCUAUUAACAAUGUAAUGACUAAAUUGAAAUUGUUGCAAACCCAAUUCCCACCAUAUUGGAUAUCUCUUAAACAAUGUCAUCAGCAACCUUCGUCUUUAUUAGCACCAUGCGAGGCCAUAAAGAAAAACGUUAAAUUAGGAAAGUUCUAUACGAAUGAUACACAUCAGAUACAAUUUACUGCAGGUUCACUUGUUCAGUUAAAUCGAUAUAUUUAUGAUCCUGUCACCGAAAUUCGAGAUGGUUGGUGUCUAGUGUUUUACCAUGAUAGAAUUGAUCUUGACUAUGGAUCAAAAGAGAAUAAAUUGCGGAAAACUUUCAAAGCUGAACUAAUGGAUAGGUGUGCUGUGAUUAUGGACGGAUCGGAUACUUUAACGUUAUUUCUGAAUGUGACGGGCAACUCGGUGGACUACAAAUUGGUGACUGAUGACGACAAAUUAGAUCAAGAUUCUGAGUUGCAGAAACCAAUGAAAUCAACGAGUAAAUAUAGACGUACAGCUGAUCGAGAAGCGCAACCAUUCUAUUCGACAAUUCGUCUUGUUAUUUCACUUUCAAACACUAUUGAUAAAAAAGAAGACGAUCAUCAAGUACAAAAUCAAUACAUCCAGGACUGUCGACAGAAUUUUAUUGAAUUCUUUCAACGAAAUCGUAUACAUGUGUGUUUCGGUCUCAUCAAUAGUAUACCGUCGAUGAACAACUACGCAUCGAUGAUAGCAAAGUUCAUGAACGACGAAUCGAUGUCAUUUAUUAAACAGUACUGCUGGCAAAUGUUGCUGUCAAUUGGUUAUCGUUUUCAACAAAGAUUAGUUGACACCUUUAUUCAACGUAUGAGUUUAAUUGAGGGCGAUGAUGAUUUUUAUCAGACUUCACUUCAUCUGUGGCGUCGUUCCAGUGAAUACUAUUUCCUAAAUAUACUCACUGAGCUAGACCGCUACCAAAAGAAAAGUGCUGAUGCAGCUGCCCUGUCACAUCAAAUGAAUAGACAUCAUUAUACCGACAAGAAAACUGAAACUAAACAGAUACCGCAACGUUGGAGUAUUCAUACACCACCACCAAAUUACGCAUACGUUCCAUCGGUGACACUCACACCAACGACAAUUUGUGUCAAGCCAUUGAAAUUAGUGAAGACAAAUCGAGUUUUACGUGAAUCAAAAUUCGGCGGUAAUCUAAUGUUUGCUCUAGUUGAUGUCAAAGAUGAAAAUGGCAAACUCGAUCUAUUUCCACAUGACUAUCGAGCGUUACGUUGGAAAACAGAAAUAUUACUUGAAUCGGGUUUUGAUCUCGGACGACAAGGACGAAUCUAUCGAUAUCUACAUCAUUCUCAAUCACAACUAAAGGACAAACAAUUUUGGUUUUAUCAUUAUGAUGAGAAAACGAACUUCUCCUUCGAACAAGCAUUUGAUUGGAUGGGUGAUUUUCAAGAAGAGAAGAUUGUUGCCAAACAUUCUGCACGCAUCGCACAAUGUUUUACUAGUGCUGAAGCAACGAUUCCGAUUCCAUCCAAUAAAGUCGAAUACAUUGACGAUGUUCAUACGAAAGAUUCCAAAUACAAUUUCACCGAUGGAGUUGGAACAAUGUCAACUGCUAUUCGAGAUCUCAUUAAUCCCCAUCGGAAAUUUUCGGCAAUGCAAAUUCGUUAUGGUGGUUGUAAGGGUGUCAUAUCUGUUAAUCCAGAUCUCGAUGAUGCUGACCAUCAAUUGCGUAUACGUAAAUCGAUGAGAAAAUUCAAAUGUGACCAUGACAUACUCGAACUCUGUCGGAUAUCAAAACCUCGUCCGUUGUACUUGAAUCGACAAAUUAUUGUUCUCUUGUCUCAUCGAGCAAUUGACGAUCGAACGUUUCUUCUUCUGCAAAACAAACAUCAACAAUUUCUUUCCGAGUCACUUGUUUAUCCUGAAAAGGCUCUGGAAUUGCUAUCAGAGAAACUAAAUCGAAAACUGUUUCCAUCACCAGCACUGAUUGAUGAAGCACAUUUGAAUUUAAUUGCCGAGCCAUUCUUUCAUCAACUAUUGAUCACUAUUGGCAAAUUUGAAUUAGCGCAAAUGAAAGAACGAACACGGCUAAAAUUACCGAAGAACUCUGCGAGAAAUAUGAUUGGUAUUGUCGAUGAGUAUGGAAUUCUCGAGUACGGGCAAGUAUUUGUUCAAUUUACGGAAUUGAAUAGUGAUUAUAAGAACAACGAGUCGAAAACAGAAAAAACCGUUAUACUCGAACAAUCAGUCGUUGUAACGAAAAAUCCAUGUCAUCAUCCUGGUGAUAUUCGAGUGUUCUCAGCAGUCAAUGUACCACAAUUACAACAUUUAAAAGAUGUUAUUGUUUUCCCACAACGCGGCAAACGCCCACAUCCAAACGAAAUAUCUGGUUCCGACCUCGACGGUGACGAAUAUGCUGUUAUAUGGGACCCGGAAUUUAUUCCUAAAACACCAAAUGCAACUCCAUAUGAAUAUGACUCACACAUUCCGAUGUUGCGUGUUACUGAUCGGCCAGUAAAUCGAUCCGAUAUUCAACGAACUAUUCUGGACAUUAGUGAGCAAUCCUGUGCAGGGAAACUAUGUUCACUUCAUUUAGCUUACAUGGAUCGUCAUGGCGUCGGACACAAGAAAACAUUGGCUAUUGCUGGACAUAUAUCGGAAGAAUUAGACGCACCAAAAACUGGACAACACCCAUUAUCGCCUGAACAAAUUUCAGAGCUGCAAGCUGAAUUGGGUAAUGAACGACCUGACUACUUUGACAAACCUUACUAUAAAUCCUAUCCAUCUGCACAUAUUCUUGGUCAAUUGUAUCGUUCAUGCCUUCGUUUUGAGCCGAAUUGGAUCAAAGUUCAAACGCCACCCACGACUGUUUGUGCUUCUCGAAUUGAUCCAUUGCUUGUUCAUGAUAAUAAUCAAGAAUAUAUGCCAGCUGCUGAAGAACUUGCUCGUAUCUAUCGUGAAUCAAUUAUGGAUAUCAUGUAUGUCUAUCGUUUCUCGUCGGAUGUCGAUAUUUUCUGUCGAUUCGACUCAUCAUCAUCCCAAUAUCACACUCCAUUGAGUAAACAACAAACCGAAUCCGCUUGUUUGGUUGCCGAUUCAGCACAAAUCGAGUUACGACAAUUAGUACAUCGCAUACGUCGACUAUUCUUCGAAGAGUUACGUUCAUCAAACAAAGCAACAUUUCAUCGAUGUCAUCCUCCUUGUGAUCAAUGUCUUGACAAACAAAUGGCAAAAGCCAGUGCAUUGUAUAUCUUCUGCUAUAAGGAUACACGUCACGCACGGCCAAUGUUAAGCUUACCGUGGUUAUUCGCAUCUUUGCUACUUAAAACACGAAUUGCCAAUAUUAGAAAACAAACCAAAUUACUGUCAGCAGCUCUCAUUGCACCCAUGCUUGAAAUUCAACCGCAUCGUUCAAUUGGCCAAUCUUUACGAUGUGCAGUGAUGUAUUUCAUCGAGAAGAAAAUACCAUAUCAUUUCCAUCAUACAUAUUCAUCACAAACACCAGCAAACGUUACUGUUUCGAUCGGUCCAAAAUCAUCAUCAAAAUGUCUGUUACGUAAAUCAAACUUGCCGGUUAUUGAUUAUUUAGUUAUUGAAAUGCUGCAACACUAUGUUCAAAAUUCCUUAUCAGCAAAAGCAUCGGACGUAAAGUCAGCAAAUCCGACGCUUGUCGACGCUGUCUGGCAACAUAUUUUAACACGCUUUGUUCUUGAUAAAUGUUCACCAUUAAUCAUUUCACCAGCCACAACUACAAUAUUCAUCGAAGAUCCGCCCUUUUGGUCAGACGAACAAGCGUCUACAGCUUUGAAACGUCUCAUCGAUAUAAGCAUUCAAUGUGCCUAUGAUGCACGGAAGUCAGAGGACGCAAUUCAGCCACGAGAUUAUGCCCACGCAAACGAAUAUUUAGUUUCAGCAUUGCAAAAAAUGGCUGCGACAGGUUGCUUGUUUUGA